GUUCACUCUUCUGCCUCUUCCUCGACUUUCUUCCUCACCCAUUGCCUUGCACCACCACGAUUGACCUCGCCCAUCAUGUCGCAGUACAUUGACCUCAGCCAGCCCUCGCUCUGGCUCUCUGCCGCAUCCAUCGUCUUCAACCCUACCUUCUGGAACAUCGCCGCGAGGCAAGAGUACCACAACAAAGUCAUCACGAAGCUGUUUGGCGGCAACUCGCUGCGCGGCUGCUACGCGCUGGCCGUGACGAUUUUCUCGCUGGGCAUCCUGCGGGACUUCAUCUACAAAACGGCCAUUGACGCGCAACCCACGCUGCCAGCGCUCGACACGCCCACCGUGCGCGCCAUCGCCUACGGCCUCAUCCUCAGCGGCAACGUGCUGGUGCUGACGUCCAUGUACGCCCUCGGCGUCACGGGCACGUACCUCGGCGACUACUUCGGCAUCCUGAUGGACGCGAAGGUCGAGUCGUUCCCGUUCAACGUGACGGACGCGCCCAUGUACUGGGGCAGCACGAUGAGCUUCCUCGGCUCGGCGCUGCUGUUCGCGAAGCCCGCGGGCAUUGCGCUUACGGGGUUGGUGUACGUCGCGUACAGCAUUGCGCUGCGGUAUGAGGACCCGUUUACGGGGGAGAUUUACGCCAAGCGAGACCGCGAGCGGGCGGCGGGCAAGAAGAGCUCGUAAGCUGGGUUAUUGUUGGCGGUGGUGUCGGUGCUUUCUGCCUCCAAGGCUGCCCUUGGAAGCGCUAGCUAGGACUUCCACUGUGGACGCGUUGGAUGGUCGGAGACCUUGCACACCCACACAUACGUACUACGCAUGCGCACUUCAACAAGCAAGCGCACAUACACUCAUGCACGGAGAUGAGGGAGCACAAAUUGCAUUAAAAUGGGAGUGAGGUGUUAGGUUGUCGUCGAGCAGCACAGCACAGCACAGCACGCAUACGAGAGAUACCAGGGUAUUCAACUGCCUGCCGCGGCCGGAGCUAGGCCCGAGGGAGGGGAAGAGAGAGUAGAGCAGAGCCGAGGGAGCUAGUAUAUCUUUACAUGAAAUAAAGACAUCAAUCAUGCA